AUGAUUGUUUCGUUGGAAUUGAGAUCUAUCAUGAUUAACAAGGAUCAGACAUCACAUCGCCAACCUUUGACGAUCAUCGUCAAGAUGCCCACCAAGGACUUCAAGGGCGCGCUGGCCGUCAGAGCAGGGGUACUAGUAUCGCGCCAACUUCUCAUGUUCGACAUUGACUCUGACAUUGAAACUGAGACAGCUUUGCUAUGGCGCCUAAACGAGCUCCCUAAAGGAAAGAACGUCGGCGAGUUGGCCACAGUGGAGGUCCGGGCCAUCCCAAUCCGCCGAGGUAACUCCAACACGGCUCCUCGCCCCUCUCGCCAGCGACCAACGCGAGAAUACACCGAACAGGAGCGCUGGUGGACUGGAAGGAGUGGCUUGGAUGGUGAAUUCCUCGGGUGGUAG